UUUGACGCAUGUGCAGUAAAGUUUCGAAAGGCGCUAUGGCCCCUGGAGGGAAAGUUCAAAUCGCGAGAAAUUGUUAAUAAUGAAUUCGCGUUGUAAGUAGUUUUUGGUUUGAUUAUGUUAAAUAUCCGCCGAUAUGCCUCCGACUUUGGUUGACAGAUGGACCGAGGAGAAUAAUACGGUCGCCUUAAAGUGGAAGGAAUAUGAAAGUCACCGGCAGCUUCUUCAGGACAUACGGAAACACUGUUACUCAGAGUGGCUGAAACUGCAGCAAAAAGCUCAAGGUGUGGCCGCCCAAACAAAACACCUAAAGCUUGAAAUCACCAUUUCAUACAACACUUUGCUGUUUUCUCUGAGUUGCGGCACACCAAAAGAGACAAAGGAUUGCAUCACCAAUAUCCUAAUAAGAGCAUUAGAGGCUGUACACAAGCAGGUUCCCAGUUAUGAUUUGGUUGCGUUAUGGCAAGCUGUGCUGAAGACUUUUGGUGGUAUGGCAUAUGAGCCAUGGAUCCACAAACUUCUCCUGAUUCAGUGGGCGGUCUGGCUCUCAGAACGCAACUAUGAUGGAGUCCUGGAUUUGCUUCUGCAUGUUAAUCACAAAAGCACAUCGUCAGGGGAUCUGCUUGCAGAAACCCGAAACCUCACUCUUUCUAUCGAAGAAGACGACUCCCUUCUUGUUGCUUUAGCAACCAAAGACCUCCAGGAGCUUUUGCACGUGUGCACAUUCAUUUCUAUUGGAGUGGAGCAGAUGAAGAAAGAGAAAUAUGUCGAGGCUUUUAGGGUUUUGCAGGAAGCUGCCACCCAGCCCUCGCCCAGAGCGCUUCUGGCUCAUGUUCACGUGCUCACAGGAUUUUGCUAUGCCAAGCUGCAAAAGCCCCAGAGUGCUCUUCAAUGUUACAGAAAGGCCUUGGAGGUGGACUUUAAUUGCCAAAGGGCUCUUUAUCAGAGUUCGCUAGUAUACAAACAGCUGAGUAACACCAAUGCAGAAAUAGAGGCAUUACAUCUCCUGCACUCUGCUGUAAUGUUGCAUGCUGAGAGCAAUCCAUCAAAUUCAUCAAUGCCAUUGAUAUCUCCUGAUAUGCUGCUUGGUAGUGAACAAAUCGAAUUUAUCUGUCAAAUUCCAUCUACUCUUUAUAUACUACACACACUGGGGCAUAGAUGUGUACUCAGUGACAGGACUUCGGAAGGAGCUGAAUAUUAUCUUGAUCUCUUGGCUUCUUUGCAGUCAGACUCAAAACAAAUGCCUGUGGAAGAUGGCUCGUCAUUUCCAAGAAUUCCAGCGAUCUACCUUGAAGCAGCCUUUGCCCUUUUAAAAGCCAAACGCGUUUGGGAUGCCCUUGCUAUUUGUGAUGAGGUUAUUGCUAAAACUGUUGACCUCAUCCCAGAGAGUUUGUUGAUUUCACCACUAGUUUCCAGAGAACUCGUACCUCUUACGCUGGAAGCUGAUUCUCAAGAGGAGAAACUGCAGUGUGUUCUGUGGUCUGGAGCUGCUUACUACCUUCAAGGGCAGGCUCAUUUACAACUCAAAGAUACAAAAGAGGCGUUGACCAAUUUUACUAGAGCUAUCAAUCAACUGGUAAAAGUGUGCAUUAAACAAAAAGUGAAAGAUCCUGGGGUUGAGAAAACAGUGACAUUCCUGGAAGCUCUUAAAGGAAAAGCACUUUCAUUUAGAGCUGUGUGUUUUGUAGAGAGAGGCAAGUUGAAGGAGGCUUUAAGGGACUUUCAGCUCAGUCUUCAGGCGACACCAGGAUGCAUGAACACUGGAAUGUGGCUGGUGGAGAUCAUGUGGAGGCUGGACCGCAAGCAGGAGGCAGCAGCCAUGUGGAAGCAAAUCCUUAACUUCACACAGUCAACACCACCAGUAGAUCUGCCCUUGUAUCUUCAAACGUGUAAUGAGGAUCCUACAGCCUUUGACCUGAGCAGCCUGAAGAGGAAAAUCGAGGAAUUUAUACAGAAUUGUUAAUAUUUCCUAUUUCAUUCAUGCAUACCUACGUGUAUGUUGGACCAACAUGCAGACUUAUUGGAUCAGAAUUGAACCUCAACAUGUGGAAUUGAUUAGAAUGUAUUAACUAAGAAAUACAUAUUUUAUGAGUUUAUUUAACAUUAUUUACAGAAUUGUUAAUACUUUGAAAUACAUGCUUAUGGUAUUAAAUUAAAAAUGGUUAUUUGCA